AGACAAGCAGACUUGCAAAUUGCACCUGCAUUAGCCGUAGCGUGCACCCGCAGACCCAAGUUUUGCAUUUGAUCGAACCUAUAUAUCGCCAAGUUCCAGCCUACAAAUUUACAAGAGCACUGCGCAGCUACACACCAUGGUCGCCACCCGAGCCGCAAGGGCCACGGCCGCAGGUGCAGCGUCGCCGCGCAAGCCGCGAGCCAAGUCCCCGGCGCGAAAGCCGGCGGCGCGCAAGAAGUCGCCGGCGCCCCGCAAAGCAACAUCAUCCAGCGGCUUCGACGUCCGCGCGGCCCUCACGAAGGCCUUGGGUGGGGGCCUGCCCGGCGCCGUCGCCAUGGUGCUGCAGGUCGUGCUCUUGAUGUGGUUACGCACUACCGUGAACUACCAGAUGCGCCACGGCGGGUCGUUAUUAGAAGUCAUCGAAACGUUGUAUGCCGAGGGCGGCAUUCGAAGAUUUUACGCCGGGGCACAGUAUGCCUUAUUACAAGGACCGCUCUCGCGAUUCGGGGACACGGCGGCGAACGCUGGGGUGCUGUACGUGCUCGACGGGUCUACGCUGCCCAUCCUGGCCCAGACCGCGUGCGCCUCGGCCGCGGCCGCGCUGUGGCGUUUAGUAAUAUCACCGCUCGAUACCGCAAAGACCAUGCUCCAGGUCCACGGCACGUCGGGCUUAAAUACAUUGAUGGAGCGCGUCGCGAGCGAAGGCCCUGGUGUCUUGUGGGCCGGUGCUCUCGGCUCGAUAGUGGCGACGUUCCUGGGCCACUACCCUUGGUUCGCCACGAAUAAUUAUCUGGAGGCCCGCGUCCCGCCGCCGCCCAAAAAAUCGCGCACCAAAAAACUAUUACGAAGAGCGGCCAUCGGCUUCGCCUCUUCGGUAGUGGCCGACUGCGUCUCGAACUCGACGCGCGUCGUCAAGACGGCGGUCCAGACGUCGUUGGUUCCUAUUACGUAUGUCGAGGCCGCGCUCGCGGUUGUUGAUAGGGAUGGCAUUGCCGGCUUACUCUGGAGAGGCCUCGCGGCGAAGAUCCUCUGCAACGGUCUGUCCUCGAUCUUCUUCUCGGUCGCCUGGAAGGGGCUCAUGGACGCGAACGCCGAGAACAAGGCGAAGGCGAAGAAGUAAGUCUAGUUUCCUUUC